UAAAAACAACUUGAUUGUAUUUUCAGUGGAAUAUACAAUUACUUUACAUUUCUCUCACUUCGACAGCAAAUCCAAGUCACGCGGCGAUCACACGGGCGUGUUCGGUCGACCGGUUCCAGCUGUAGCCAUUUUGGCACGAAGCAGAGGAGACGUGAACGCCCGGUCUAAAAGGGCCUUAGUCGUCAUGUCUCACAUGUCUCACGUGCCGAAGCGGGCCGUUCAACACAGCAUCUAUGCUCCUUCCCAUGAAGUGUCACCUCCGUGCUUGAAACCGGGCCAGACCGCGUUAAAUCCCAGCGGUUUGUACACCGCGGAAGCUGCCGAGAAGGGCUUCAAACACCAUUUGCCGCCGAAGCUCCUUGAGGAUCGGCAGAUCGAGUCGGAGUAUGUGAAGCACGUGUGCUCCAAGCCCAGCCCAAGCGAUUACCGGGGUCUCAUGCUGCUUUCGGCGGCCCGAAAGGAGAGCAAUCAGAAGGAAGGCGGUACCGCUCACUGGCGCUCCGAAACGCAAUCGGCCACGAGCGCCGUGCGCAGCGGGCAGCGCGUCAAGCCCCAGCGCACGGCGCAGCAGAUCCUGGCCGAGCGGGUGGUGAGGACGCCGAGGUGUUGCAUGAGCCGAGUGCAGGACUUUACCUGCAAUCAGGCGGAGUACGGGCGCAACGGGUGCAAUCCGAGAGACAAGAUCACCCCAGAGGAUACCACCAUGCCGUUCUUCAAGAACGACCUCACUGCUGGCAGCACGAAAGGUACCAACCACAUCCCGGGCUACCAGGGUAGUGUUCCCACUUACCCUGGCUUUAGCGAGAGCCACCUUCGCGCCGCGGGCGGCACUCAGCCGAGAUCGGUGGACAAGACCAAUAUCAUCCACAUCUUUCACCGGGAGUUGGUGGGCUAUGCGGGCCACGUGCCGGAAGCUGCUUGCAACGACCUGGGCGGGCGCCAGCCCACGGAUCUCACCACCUUUGGCCACGACUUCAAGCCUCACACGGGCGCGCUGGGCUAACUCCGUUUUCGACCAAGAUGGUUGGAAGGACCGACCGCGCCGGGAGAGGAAAAAUGGAGC